CCAGGGUCAUGUGUCAUCAACUGUUAAUGUCUGGGGUUCUGAAAGAUGCAGAAUGCAAAAAGCAGUUUGCUGUGAUAUUUACAAAGCAUUAUCCACAGAUGAUGCAAGAUUUUAAUGAGGACGACCAUGAUCAUGACGUCUCAGUUACAUCUCUUUCCGUUCAAAUAUAUACUGUCCCAAGCCUGCACUAUGCAAGUCUCAUGGCAGAUUUUGUACAGGAUGACCAUUACCGAUCCGUGUCCAUAACCUCAAUCUCAGUCCAAAUUUUCACAGUGCCUACCUUGGCCAGAAUGCUGGUGAAAGAGCAUGAUCUUAUCAAUGUUAUCCUCAAAAGUUUCUUAAAACACUGCCAGGAAAAGAAAAACAGGGUUGGGAAGCUGUCAUUUGAAAGGAGUGAAAGAAAUGCAACAUUCAAACGAGCCUGCUACAUGCUGUAUGAUCUGAAAUAUGCAUUGCUGUGUAAGCCUGCAAUGCCAGAGGAAUGGUCUGAUGGUCUUCGCAACAGCUUUCUAAACGGCUUUGUGUCUAUGCUGAAUCUCUUGAAGAUGAUGCAGGGCAUGGAUUCAGUAAUUCGACAAACAGCCCAGCAUUUGGAAUUUGAACCAGAGUGGGAAGGUGCUUUCAAUUUGCAGCUGAAAUUGGAAGACAGUUUGGUUCUGUUCAGUGACUGGUGUUCAUCUGAUCGCUUUUUACUGAUUGAAGCAUACAAAGAGACCACAGAGGCUUUAUGCCAUUGCAGAGAGAAAGUCGAGAAGGAAAGGGUUGAAGUUGGUGGCCACACAGCUAAAUGCAUCAGAUAUGAUGUCAGCUCACAGCCAGUAUCUGUCCAUCUGCCUGUUACACGCUUCUUUGCCUCUCUUUACAUGCAUCUUGCUGACUUUGGCCUGAAGUUUGAUUCUGCAGUACUGAUGACAAGGAACCGGUUGGAAAUCAUGGAAUUACUGGAGCCAGCUUUACGUGUCCAAGUGCUGGUUGCUCAGGCACAGGCUGGCAUGUGGCGACGAAAUGGAUUUUCUCUCCUGAACCAGAUUUAUUUCUACCACAAUGUACGGUGCAGAGAACAGAUGUACAACAAAGAUAUAAUACUGAUGCAGAUAUCAGCCUCACUCAUGGACAGCGAUGAAUUUUUGAUCAGCUGUCUCAAUAAAUUUGGACUGGUAGCCUGGACUAAGCCAGACUAUGAUAAUCCUACAGGGCAAGAGGACUUUUUGAGACAGACAGUUACACUAGCUGAAGAGUUUCUUAACCUGCUAAUUGUGAUCUUGGAGGAGCGUUAUGUACCUGGAAUAGGGGAAGUUACUGCAAAGGAUGCUGUGAAAAGGGAAAUCAUUCAUCAAUUAUGCAUAUCAUCAAUGCCACACAGCAAGCUGGCCAAAGCUCUUCCAGAAGAUCCCAAUCAUGAGACAGGUAUGGAGGAAGUGGUUGAAGAAGUUGCCUUCUUCAAGAAACCAAGCAGUGGUGGCGGCAAUGGCAAAUAUGAACUAAAAGACAAAUAUUACGCCCAAUAUUGCCCCUUCUUCUACCACUACUCAAAGGCCGAACAAUCAAAGUCUGAAGAAACUCAGCGAGCACGCAAAAAGCAGAAUGGAGAAGAUCAAGCAUUGCCUCCACCAGUGCAACCUCCUUUCAAACCUCAGUUUAAACCUAUCCUUGGGCUUUUCCACUGUGAUGUCAUGAUGCACAUCUUGUCCACUAUUCUGAUGCGAACUGCUGCCACGCGCUCCAGGUCCUGGUCAGAGGCCCAGUUUGAGCGAGUCCUUUACUUAAUUGGAAUGGCACUGAAUGAGCAGAUUGCUGCACUGAAUAGUGGAGACCAGUCCUUUCUGUUUCUGAGAAAAGGUGUACAAGAAAAUGGGAUUCUUAGUCAGCUGAAGGGACUGGUGCAUUGUACCAAUGUUGGUCAAGAAACUAUCAAAGAUCUGCUAGCGUGGGUGCUGAGAAAAUUUGGAGAGGCAUUAAAAUUAUGUGAUGAACAAGCAUACCAAGAUCAACUGGAAGACUUAGCCAGAUGUGCUGACUUGCGAACUGAUGCAGAACGUAAAAAGAAGGCUGCCAUUGCUGCCAAACGCAGGGCAAAAAUUAUGGCACAGAUGUCAAAAAUGCAAAAAGAUUUUAUUGCAGAAAAUGCUGAACUUUUUGAGAAUACUUGCACAGAUCUUUGCGCCAUCAGCGGAGAUGUUGACUUCAGUGAACCAGCACCAGAGUCUGUGGCACUUGGCCCAGCACAGACACAGGUGAAGAUGUGUGCUGCCAUUACAGUCACCUGCAUUUUGUGUCAGGAAGAGCAGGUUGUCUCAAAUACUGGUCGUGCCAUGGUCCAGGCAGCUUUUGUACAAAUGUCAACAGUCCUUUCCCAGAAUCACUGGAAGCAGCUGGUUAAUGGAGAGAACUAUGAUCCCCUCUUCAUGUCGGCAGACCUGUUUAAUGGCACCCAUACAUCUUCUUGUGGUCAUGUUAUGCAUCAUGACUGCUGGCAAAGGUACUUCCAGAAUAUUGUAAACAAAGAGCGGCGGCGGCCAAUGAGAUUUCGCCACAGCUUUAGUUAUGAUGUGGAUAAGAUGGAGUACUUGUGUCCACUGUGUGAAGGGCUGAGUAACACCAUCAUCCCCAUUAUUCCACACCUCAGCUCUCUUCUGCCUGAAGGAGAAACCAAGGCAGUGACACUGUCUUUCGAUGACUGGCUGGAUGGUAUUCACAAAACUGCAGUCAACAGUGUUCAGAAUAAGCAGAUUAAAGGAGAUUUUUUCUUGAUGUUACAACCUUGUCCUAUUUCAUCAAUAUCACGGAUGAUGGCAGAGAGUGUUGCCCGCAACUUUCAACUACUAUGGGAUUAUGUGAAUGAUUAUUCCAGCGUCUGUUUCUCAGAUGGGCUUCAGGAGAUGAUGCAGAAGUUUGCCAAAGAUGUGUAUGUUUUUGGACUUGGAGUAAAACCAGAUGAUGAAAACCCUCGUGUGCCUAUUAUGGUUUGGAACACUUGUGCCUUCACUAUUAUGGCAUGUGAACAAGAUCUGGCAGCUGAGGGUCAAGGUGUCUUUGGGUCGCUGUCAGAACGACAGAGUUCAUUGCUGGGGGUACUGGUACGGUUUGCAGCUGUGGUUAGCCAGGUUGUGCCUGCAGAGACUGUGCGGGAGCACUGUGUACGCCUUCUUUCCUUGCUGAUACCAGAAAAAGUGGAGUGUCUAGUGUAUGACACAGAGUGCCUGCUGGAUGUGGACAUGUUCCACUAUCUGGUUGCUUUGACGAUGACACUACCCUUCCUGCAUGCAGACGGGGCAGCUAAGCAAGCACAGUCCAAGCAACCCAUGGGCUGGCUUCCUAUGGGGGGCCUUAAUGAUCAACAUGCCCUCACUCUGGUCUUCCUGGUUCACCUCACCCAGAUCCUUCUGUCUUUCAAUGAACCACCUCAGGAUUCGAUGGAAACAGAAGCAGAGCUAGAGACGGAAGGACAAGCUUUGCUGGAAAUCUAUAGCCAUUUACGUUCUGAUGCUGGCCUGGAACACACAGAAAUGCCAUCUGCCUGGCAGCUGAUGAGCCACAUUCGAGAUGCUUGCCUUCCUUUCCUACGUUGUGCUGCUAUCUUCUAUCACCAUCUUACUGGUGUGGUCGCGCCUGUAUCGCUCCAUGCAGACAAAGACAACCAGGAGUUCUUUCACUUGUGUAACUACCUAGCUCUUCCCAAGGACAUCUCACAGCUUUUCAAGGGUCAACAUACCAGUGCUUUGGUAAAGAGUUGGUGCUGUAGCCGCACCAUGCGAGAGAGGUUGUCACCUAGCAGUACUCUCUUGGUUCGUUAUCCACGAACCAUUAAUCACCUAAUACAGCUACCCAGAGACUACAGUGAGCUCAUUAAUGAAGCGUCAUCGUUUACGUGUCCUAAAUCAGAGGCAGAUGAUAGUCGAGCUCCUACUCGUUGUCUGGUAUGUGGAGUUAUGCUGUGCUCACAAAGUUACUGUUGCCAAGAGGAAAUUGAUGGGACUGUUGUAGGUGCAGCCACCCAGCAUUCCAUGGUGUGUGGUGCUGGCACAGGCAUUUUCCUCAGGGUGCGAGAUUGCCAGAUCCUGCUGCUUGCUGGAAGAACAAAAGGUUGUUUUCUACCAGCACCUUACCUGGACUCCUAUGGUGAAACAGAUCAAGGCUUGAGGCGGGGCAAUCCCCUCACCCUCAGUCAGGAGCAGUAUGACAACAUCCAGAAAAUCUGGUUCCAGCAUAAUAUACCACAGACCAUUAGUCGCCACCUCAACCAAGAGUCCAACGCAGGAUUUCUUACCAUUGAAUGGAACAACCUCUAAGCUGAAUCUCACAAUGUGAGAUUUCAUAUCUAUAUCUUUGCUUAAUUUGUUUGAAAUAUGGGUGAUAUUCUAAUGGACUUUCAUUCCUAUACCUUCUGCACAGUGUGAAAGACCACUUCUGCUAACUUCAUCAUCAGACACAAAUAACCAGUUUCUUGAAGAAAAGUUAUCUGAACCACUUCGGAAUAAAUCAUCUCAGGUUCUUAUAAAUGGAAAGCACUGUAAUAAAGUGCACAUUUUGAAGCAAAGUACAAGAAGCGUAUCCGGUACAAUAUUCUUUGCUGACUUGUGACUUUGAUGGCUGAAGCAAGGAAAGUUCCUACAAGUGCAACUUGUUAGAGUGGAGGAAGUGGUCUGCAGGUGAACCUUUGCCCUCAAGAUAAAACUAGUAGCAAUGUUGAUGUGUGUGUGGUGACUGUAUUUUCUUAAACAGUUUUCCCCCAAGCUUAUAGAUAAAACAGUAGUCUCUCCUCAGGUACAUAGGAUGGUUACAUUCAAGUGACAAAAAAAAAUGUAUUGUUAUCUUUUUGUUCCUUAUUUGUUAAUUUUCAAAUUGUUGUCAUGAAUCCAUUGUAAAUCUUUCUGUAUAUACAGACAAGAUUGUACAGUUUGUGUAGAGGCUACUUCUAGUAGGAGUUAUUUGUACAGACAUAGAAACUGUCAUGUUAAUGAAGCCUAUAUGUCAACCUGUCUUCUCCAUUGCAGCACUGGGAUGCAAACAAGAUCUUUAUGAACAUAUUUAUCAUUGUAACUUGGACUUAUUAUUGUAUGCUUCACUGUAUAAAUGUAAGAAGAGCUACACCACAUCCAUAUGUACAGUUUUGAAACUUUUGGAAUAAACAGAUGUGUCCAAGCGUUUCUCUUACAAAACGUUUUGUAGGUUUUGUUUUUGUGAAUGCCUGUUCUUAUUUUCAUAUGUGUGUCUUAUAAAAAAAAAA